UCUUCUCACGUCUUUCCUAAAUCUCUGCCUCCUGCUCAGUGUCCGCAUCGGCGCCUUCCCCUCUCUGCGAGGAUUUUCCAGACUCGGACACUGCUCCGCACGCGCACGUUAGCAUCUUCCACUUCACAGUCAGGUUGGUUGAAUUCUGCUUGUUUUUGGAGUCUUUGCAUGUUCUGCAAGAUACUGAGCUGCUGAUUUUGUUGUUAGAUCGGCAUAAGCUAUGAUUCGCGUUGUUGUUGUUGAACUUCUGUGUGAUCCGAGAAUUGCUUGAAAAGAGGGAAAUCUUUCUGCUCGAGGACUCGCUGAGUGCUGAAGCCUCCAAUCACCAUGGAAGAGGAAAGUGCUCUUGAGCUUGUCCAACGCUAUCGGCGCGAUCGACGAGUGCUUCUGAAUUUCAUACUGUCUGGUAGCUUGAUUAAGAAAGUGGUAAUGCCUCCAGGUGCAAUUUCAUUAGAUGAUGUGGACCUUGAUCAAGUCAGCAUUGAUCAUGUCCUCAAUUGUGCUAAGAAAGGUGAAAUGCUUGAGCUUUCGGAAGCUAUCAGAGAUUACCAUGAUAGCCUUGACUUCCCUCCAACGAAUCAUACAAGAUCUGUCGAUGAAUUCUUUUUGGUAACAAAUCCUGAGUCAUCAGGGUCACCGCCAACCCGGACGCCUCCACCAGUUACUGUUUUCCAGCCACCAAUUGUGACAAGUCUAUCAAAAUCACAAUCCCUUCAGUCCGCACAGGUUCAGGAACUAUCUGUAGAUGACAUCGAUGAUUUUACAGAUGAAGAUGACGAAGAGGAAGUUGAAAGUCAUAUGGUUUCAAGACACCGUCCAAAUAAUGCCAAUGAUCCUGUAUUAGGAUUGCCGUCUUUUGCAACAGGCCUUACGGAAGAUGACCUUCGCGAAACAUCUUUUGAAAUUCUCUUGGCUUCUGCUGGUGCUGCAGGGGGCCUCAUUGUACCACCUAAAGAAAAGAAGAAAGACAAGAAAUCCAAAUUGAUGAGGAAGCUUGGUCGUAGUAAGAGUGACCAUGUUGGGCUCCAAUCUCAACGUGCACCUGGACUGACUGGUUUGUUAGAGAUCAUGCGUGUGCAACUAGAGAUUUCAGAGACAAUGGAUACGAGAGCAAGGCAAGGUUUGCUGCAUGCUCUCGUAGGUAGAGAGGGGAAAAGAAUGGAUACCCUCUUGGUUCCACUGGAAUUGUUGCGUUGUGUUUCCCGAACGGAGUUUUCUGAUAAGAGAGCAUAUCUUCGGUGGCAAAAGAGGCAGUUAAAUUUGCUGGAAGAAGGGCUUCUAAAUCAUCCUGCUGUUGGGUUUGGGGAAUCUGGACGUAAGGCGAAUGAUUUGAGGAUUCUUCUGAAAAAUAUUGAGGAAUCUGAGUCUCUUCCAUCUUCUGCUGGUGAAGUCCAACGGACUGAGUGCCUAAGAUCCCUAGGAGAGAUCACCACUGCACUUGCUGAGAGACCAGCUCGGGGUGACCUAACUGGCGAAGUUUGCCACUGGGCGGAUGGCUAUCAUCUUAACGUUAGGCUAUACGAGAAAUUGCUCUUUAGUGUUUUUGACAUUCUGGAUGAGGGAAAGCUUACAGAGCAAGUGGAAGAAAUUCUUGAGCUCCUGAAGUCAACCUGGCGCAUACUAGGAAUCACAGAGACAAUUCAUGACACAUGCUAUGCAUGGGUGCUAUUUCGGCAGUUUGUUAUUACAGGUGAACAAAAGCUCCUGCAAUAUGCCAUUGACCAACUGAAGAAAAUACCGCUCAAGGAACAACGUGGCCCGCAGGAAAGAUUACACUUGAAAAGUCUCCACUGUUUAGUCGAAGGGUCUCGGGACUUGACAUUUAUGCAGUCUUUCUUAUUGCCAAUUCAGAUAUGGGCUGAUAAGAAGCUGGGAGAUUAUCAUUUGCACUUUGCUGAGGGGUCUGCUAUGAUGGAGGGGAUAGUCACUGUUGCAAUGGUUACCCGGAGGCUUCUACUGGAAGAAAAUGGACAAGCAAUGCAAUCAGUAUCUGUUACAGAUCGAGACCAGAUUGAAGCAUAUAUCUCAUCUUCCAUUAAAAGUGCAUUCUCAAGGAUUUUGCAUGCAGUUGAAGCCACGGCGGACACAGCUUCAGAACAUUCUCUAGCAUCACUAGCAGAGGAAUGUAAAAAACUUCUGAAGAAAGAUACAACCAUAUUCAUGCCAAUUUUAUCUCAAUGGAAUUCCCAAGCUUCUGUUGCUUCUGCUUCUCUUCUUCAUAAACUUUAUGGGAACAAAUUAAAACCUUUUCUUGAUGGCGCUGAGCAUCUAACAGAGGAUGCAGUAUCUGUGUUUCCGGCAGCUGAUAGUCUAGAGCAGUAUAUAAUGGAAGUUAUUACAUCUUCAUUGGAAGAGGAAACUGUAGAUGAAUACUGCAGGAAAAAAUUAACUCCAUAUCAGAUUGAAACUGUAUCUGGAACGCUGGUUAUGCGCUGGGUGAACUCACAGUCAGGAAGAAUUUUAGGAUGGGUUGAACGGGCCAUUCAACAGGAGCGGUGGGAUCCAAUAUCACCUCAACAACGAUAUGGGAGUUCAAUCGUUGAAGUUUAUAGGAUUAUAGAAGAGACAGUUGACCAAUUUUUUGCUCUUAAAGUGCCAAUGAGGUCUCUUGAAUUGAUUUGCCUUUUUCGCGGCCUUGAUAAUGCCUUUCAAGUUUAUACACAACAUAUUGUUGACAAAUUAGUUAGCAAAGAAGACUUGAUUCCACCCGUGCCUAUACUCACACGAUACAAAAAGGAAGCUGGAAUUAAAGCUUUUGUAAAGAAGGAAGUAAUUGAUCCUAGAUUGCCUGAUGAGAGGAGAUCUAGCCAAAUCAAUGUGCUGUCAACAUCCACACUCUGUGUUCGAUUGAACACUCUACAUUAUGCUAUUACUCAAUUGAAUAAAUUGGAAGACAGCAUUCAGGAGAGAUGGACAAGGAAAAGACCUCGAAAAAAUUCUAACAUGAAGAGGUCAAUGGAUGAGAAAUCAAGAAGUUUUUCCUCACAACACCAAAAGGAUGCAUUUGAUGGGAGUAGAAGAGACAUAAAUGCAGCAAUAGAUAGAAUCUGCGAAUUCACGGGAACUAAGAUCAUAUUUUGGGAUCUGAGGGAGCCAUUCAUAGACAACCUGUAUAAGAAUGGUGUUUCACAGUCUAGAUUGGAGGCACUUAUUGAGGCACUUGACACGGUAUUAAAUCAACUUUGUGAUGUCAUUGUUGAGCCACUGAGAGAUCGCAUCGUUACAGGACUCCUUCAGGCAUCAUUGGAUGGAUUUCUUCGGGUGCUAUUAGAUGGGGGACCAUCACGUGUCUUCUUUCCAAACGAUGCUAAACUAUUGGAAGAGGAUCUAGAAAUCUUAAAGGAAUUCUUUAUAUCCGGUGGAGAUGGGCUACCUCGAGGGACGGUUGAAAACUUAGUAGCACGUGUUCGCCCUGUAAUUACUUUACAAAGCUAUGAGACUCGUGUAUUGAUCGAUGACUUGAAAUCUGCAAGCUUGUCAGGAACGCAAGGGGGCCGAAGCAGACUGGGUGCCGACACUGAAACCCUUUUGAGGAUUUUAUGCCACAGAAGUGAUUCCGAGGCUAAUCUAUUCCUUAAAAAACAGUAUAAGAUACCCAGAUCAGCUGCUUAAAGAAAUAAGCUUUCAAAUCUUCAUAGAAAUGGGAUGUGGGGAAUAAAAAACAGAGAAAGAACAACAAAUUACACUCUCAGACAAUGCUACAUCAUGUGAAUAAUAUCAGUUUUGUUGAUGAGCAGUAUUUAUUUAUUCUUUUUAUCAAAUAAGAUGUAAGAAGGUUUGCCAAUCUUCA